CUCAACCAAACAAUGCGUUACUGCUUUUGGUAUUGAGCACAAGAACUUGCUUAAGACGAUUCCAAUAAAGAGGAAAAGCGCAAUUCAGCAACCAAAUCGCAUAACACAUGGACCCAGAACCUCAAAAUUUGGAAAAUAGCGAUUCUGUCUUUGUUUGGGAUGAAAAAUCACAGCUUUACUUCCACGCCAGUAGUGGAUUUUAUCAUGACCCUAAUGCUGGCUGGUACUAUGGCACCAAUGAUGGCGUUUAUUACAAAUUUGAAGAUGGAAAUUAUGUACCUUUAAGUUCCAAUAAGGAUGAUUUUGAAGAAACUGAACCCGAAAGUCCUAAACAGGUACAUGGUAUUGACAACGAGGACUGCCCUUCUUUCCUCGGAAACAAAUUUGAAACUAACCACCAGACAGGAACCUUGACCGAGGAAGCAGCCGGUGAUGCAAUGAACUCCACGAACAGUCCAACUUAUGGAAACCCUCCACCACCAUCAGAAUGGUUAGAGGACACGCUCAUUGAUCUUUACUUAUCUGGCUACAACAACACAGCAGUUAGUGCAGCUGAUACAGUGACAGUGCCCAUGGAAACAGAUGAAUAUAACUCCACAUUGGAAGCUAGUGCUUACAGCAAUACUUAUGAAGUGGAAAAUGAGUGGACCACAGGCUUAACGGGUGAAAAUGGCAUGACUGAGAAUAAAAGAAUUGAUGAUGAAGGCGUGGCUUACAGCGAUACUUAUGAAGUGGAAGAAGGUGAGUGGAUCCCAGAUCUAGAGGACGAAAAUCCCAUAGCUGAUGGAAGUGCUAUAGAUGAAGGUAUCUUGUUGGAUGAAGAAAAAUGGCGCGCACAGUAUGGUCAAGUCAUUGAAUCAAGGAAAGAUUUGAUUUUAGAGUUUCCAAUGGUCGACUUGUGGGAUUGGGAAAUGGUCAGAGCAUCCAAAAAGGAUGGAAAGGAUAAGGUGGCAAGGUUGGUUGGAAGACUGGUCAAACAAUCUGCAAAGCGACAUCCAUCUAUCUCAUCUGGUGAAAAGAAAUUUAGAUCUGCUUCUAUAUGCGAAGUAUAUCUCGAUCUGGUACGCGUCAAAACAGGACAGGUAUAUAGAUUGCGAAAUCCUAGUGCAAGAUACGUGGCUUCGUUAUCAACUUAUGAUUCUGCCGAUCCAACAAAAGAUUGGGAUUUUCCUCAGUUAUCAUCUAAUACAAAUAGUGUACAUGUUUCUAUGUCCGGUGAAAGUACUCCUAACUCUUCAAAUAAAAUUCAUACGGAGAAGGAAUUGUCUAUGUUGCCCAGUCAGCUUUCUGCAUCCAAUUCCAAGCAAACAAAAUGUCAAUACAGAGAUCGAGCGGCAGAAAGAAGAAACUUGCAUGGAGGCUUUGGCGUAGGUCCAGGACAGAAGAACCUGGCUGCUGGUGAUGAUACAGCAUCAUCACCUGAUGUUUGUCCACAAGAAGCUACCGAAGAGGCCUUGAAGAAGUCAUUUGGAGCAGGCAGUUAUGCCGGGAAACUUCUAGAAGGCAUGGGCUGGAAGGAGGGAGAAGGGCUUGGCAGCUCUACAAAGGGCAUGGUGGAUCCUAUUCAAGCAGUUGGAAACAUUGGCAGUGCAGGCUUGGGAUGGCCUCGUCGAAAUUGACAAAAUGAACAGUGCUAACUAUGCGGCAGUGCCACACAGAAUCAUACCUCCAUCUAUCGGACCAACGUAGCCUUUAUUUUGUUGAGCUAAUGCCUCUCUUAUACGCACGUUUGAUUGUGCUAUAAUGGUGUUUGGGAUUUUGAGAAAGAAUCAUUUCUUGUUUGUAAAAUUGAUUCUACUCAACACAACAAUUUGCAUGAGUAGCUUCUACUGUGAAUGCAAAUAAAUUCUACAUGAUAUUA